GCUGAAUCCUUUACUUUCACUUUUACUUUGCUCUGCAGCAGAUACUGAGGAAGAAGAUGCCGGGUGUCGGGGACCCGUAUAACUCUGCCUGUGAGGUGUCCACUGGGACCUCAAUCAUUGCAGUGGAGUUUGAUGGAGGAGUUAUCAUUGGUUCCGACUCUAGAGUGUCCGCUGGAGAAGCUGUGGUAAAUAGAGUGUUUAAUAAGUUGGCCCCAGUCCAUGAGAAGAUAUACUGCGCCCUGUCAGGCUCUGCGGCUGAUGCCCAGGCUGUGGCGGACAUGGUGCAUUACCAUAUGGAGGUGCACAGUGUAGAAAUGGAAGCUCCUCCUCUAGUCUUAGCUGCUGCAAACCUGGUGAAGGGGAUCAGCUACAAGUACAAGGAGGAGAUAGUGGCGCACCUCAUUGUGGCGGGGUGGGAUCGGAAGAGCGGAGGACAGGUCUAUGGGACGCUGGGCGGGAUGAUAACACGUCAGCCUUUUGCUAUUGGAGGAUCUGGUAGUACAUACAUAUAUGGUUAUGUGGAUUCUGUUUUCAAGCCUGGGAUGUCCAAGGAGCAGUGUGAGAAGUUUGCAGUCCAUGCCCUGUCCCUGGCGAUGGGCAGAGACGGCUCCAGCGGUGGGGUGAUCUAUCUAGUGAUUGUCACAAAAGACGGAUCGACGCAGAAGAUCAUAAGUGGAGACAGCAUUCCUCAGUUCUAUGACCAGUAACGCUGCGAUCGCUAAAUAUAAAUGUCUGUACGCGUUUCAGUAAAUUAUUUUCAUGACCUUC